CUCGAGUAGUAUUUACGCUUAACCAGACCAAACUCUACAACAGGAAAAAUAACCAGACAAGUCGAUUCGAUGAGUGAAACAAACACUGAAUCUCAAGUCUCGCAGCAAGAAGAAGUUGUUUAUCAAGUUCCAAAUGAAAAUACUGUCCCUAAAGAGCUUGGAGUAAAAGGUGAAGAAUCGCCUGAGAAUGCCCCUAAGAAAACCGGAAAACAAAAGUCUCAAACCCGCAAACCUACUAAUCUCCCUUCUCGUGGAAGAUCUGCUUGGCAAAUUUUUGUCUCUGAAAAUGUUCACGGUACUACGUUGAACAAGGAUGUAAUGUCUGACUUGUCUCAGAAAUUCAAAUCGCUCACCACGGAGGAGAUGGACGAUUUGAAGGACAGAUCUCAACGGUCUCGUGAAGAUGCCCAGAAUGCCCGUCAAGAGAUUAUCAACAAGAUGACUUCGAAGGAGAUUUUUGAAGAAAACUUAAUUCGUAAAGAAAGACGUGCUAAGGGAAUUAAGAAAAACUCAAAGCCUAUCAAGGAUCCAUCUGAGCCUAAGAAGCCGUUGUCCUCAUUUUUGUACUUCACCCAAAAGCUUCGUCAGGACCCCGAGUUUAAGCAGAAGCUAAUGGGACCUGCUGUUUACAGUAUUACCGAGUUCUCGAAGAAGGCCGGAGAAGUUUGGAAGUCUCUUUCGGACGACAUUAAGGCACCUUUUAUUGAAGAUGCUGCGACUCGCCGUGCUCAAUACAAGGAAGAGUAUGAAAAAUGGAGAAAAGACACUGGCAUUGACCAAAUUGACCUUCGCGAUAUUGAAAAGAAAAUCAAGAAGAUCCAUGAGGAACUUGAGAAACCUACAAAGAAUGGUGAGAAAAAUGAAGCUGAUGAAAAGGACGAUGAUCAUGACGACGGCGACGAAGAAGAGGGUGAGGAAGAGGAAGUUGACGAGGUUGAUACUGAUGAGGAGGAGGACGCUGAGGCCGACAAGGAAACUGAUGGCGUUUCCAAGAAGGGUCCUCACAAUACUUCGGCCUAGUGUCUUAUGGAGUCUCUUCCAUGGGAAUGAACUUAUGACCUUAAAACUAGAUACCCAGAUACCCUCAACAUUGCCCACUGAUACCCUUCUGGGCGUGUUAUUUUUGGAUAGUUAUAUAACAAAAAUAUAGAUGUUUUAUGAAA